UUUCAAUACAUACGUAGUACGGAGUUUUUUGAUGGCUUCGUCGUCAGCCCUAUCCGUGCGGGGCGUGGGCCUGGUCCACUCGUGAGAUGAAAAUGGGGAUUCUUUCUGCAGCAGAAGAAAUACAAUCCAAUGGUUCUGCUUAGGGCCAAUGUCGCAAUCGCGAACCAUGCCCAGAAAGUUAGGCACCAGCCAUUUGGAGUGACCGGAAGACUUCACCCUUUCCGAAAUAGUGAGGGUCAAUUUUCUCCGUACGACAACGAUCAUCCCUAGUCUUUAAACUAUGGCGACAUCGGACACUCUCCGACCCCAAAUGACUCCAACUGCAAAUUUUGCGCCCGCGCUGUCUGUCAAACCCGACAUUCCACCUUCCUUGGUAAAUCCGCUGCAAGCAUUCUAGGGCUAUAAGUCAAAAUAACAACUGCGCACACGAUUCUUCUAACCACCUGAGCCCCUGAUUCCUUAUCUGGUAACACAUCAGACCCGAAUCAAUGAGCGGAAAUCCGUCUUCGGGCAACCCGCCCGACCUCGAAGCCCAUCAACCACCAGCGAAAUCCUCAUUCUCAGCAUGGUGGACACAAUCCGUGGACGUCAAAUAUACCGACCUCAUCUGUCUUCUGCUUUGUUUCACUACCGGACUCUGUGACAGCAGCGCCUAUAAUGCGUGGUCCUGUUUCUUGGCGAUGCAGACGGGAAACACCAUUUUCCUCGGUCUAGGAGCCUCAGGCCAGCCAACCAGUAAACCCUGGGGCUGGUUGAAGUCGCUCUGUUCAAUCGCAUUCUUCUUCAUCGGCGCCUUUACCCUCGCCAAUGUCACCCGUCGCGCCGGAGCCCGCCGCCGCAGCACGCUCUUCCUGUCAUUCGUGUUCCAGUCUCUUCUGGUCAUCAUUGCCGUCGCCCUGAUCGAAGGCGACCUCAUCCCGCACACCUCGGAAGAUGCUUCUCUGACAGGUGGUCCUCUCUUCCUGGAACUGAUCCCCAUUGCGCUCUUGGCGUUCCAGUCCGCCGGCUCCAUCACUUCCAGUCGGGCGCUGGGGUACAAUGAAAUCCCAACGGUGGUUUUGACCAGCGUGUAUUUCGACGUCGCAUCGGACCCGAAGCUGGCGGCUGUGCCAACGACCAACCCGAAGCGGAACCGACGUAUCGGAAGUGUGGUGAUGCUGUUAGUGGGAGCUAUUGUAGGUGGGUGGCUGAGUCGGAGUAGUGGAGGAAUGCAGUCGGCCUUGUGGAUGGCUGCUGGGUUUAAGAUGGUAAUCGCUUUUGGAUGGUUGGCUUGGAAGGCGGAGACUGCCCCUUCCAAGUGAUCGGUACCUAGCGAUGGGCAGUCAUGGUGAUGUGCGGAGGUUUUCAAGAUGUUUAAUGGUGUUGAUAUAGGAGCUAAUAUGUGAUUAGAGCGUUCGAUUAGACUAAUUUAGACCAUAGAUCUCCUUUUUA